AUGGCAGAAAGUAGAAUCCAAAGUAGAGUAGCUGCUUCACAAAAAAAAGCAGAAGAAAAAAAGAAACAGAUUGUGGCUCCUGAAGGCACAAGCUUUGUUUCUCUUGGCUUAGAAGAAUGGUUGAGCGAUACACUGAAAGCCAUGUCGAUCAAGGAACCCACCGAGAUCCAAAGAGCUUGUAUACCUCCUAUUCUUGCUGGUAAAGAUGUCAUUGGUGGUGCUAAAACAGGUUCUGGUAAAACAGCUGCUUUUGCACUACCCAUCAUUCAAAAGUUAUCCGAAGAUCCUUAUGGUGUCUAUGCUGUUGUCUUGACACCGACAAGAGAACUUGCUUUUCAGAUCGCAGAACAGUUUCGAGUGCUUGGUAAAGGCAUGGGCAUCAAAGAAUGCGUUGUUGUUGGUGGCAUGGAUAUGAUGGCACAAGCAUUAGAACUCUCGAAAAGACCUCAUGUCAUCAUUGCCACACCCGGUCGUCUUCGUGACCAUAUUCAGAGUAGUUCAGGCGCAGUGGAUUUAAGGAGAUGCAAGUUUCUAGUGAUGGAUGAAGCCGAUCGUAUGCUCUCAGACACAUUUGUGCCUGACUUACAAGUGAUUUUACCCUUACUGCCUAAACAAAGACAAACCUUGUUAUUUACGGCUACCAUGACAGACUCGAUUUUGGCCUUAAGAGAUGCUGAAGAGGAUCCUCAAAAGAAACCGUUUGUCCAUAUGUGCAACAUGGCGACCUCGACUGUCAACACACUCGAUCAAUUCUAUGUGUUUGUACCUUCUCAAGUCAGAACAGUCUAUUUAGCCCAUUUGUUACAAUCCGACGAUCUCAAAGAAAAAUCUGUCAUUAUCUUUUGUGGACGAUGUUCGACGGCUGAAUUGAUCACGGUCAUGUUAAAGGAACUCGGGAUUCGAUGCACAGCACUUCAUUCUGACAUGUCGCAGCAACAACGUUUGGAUUCUUUGGGUAAAUUUAGAGCCGAAGUCGUCAAGAUUUUGAUCUCGACCGAUGUGGGUUCUCGUGGUUUAGAUAUUCCUUCAGUAGAGUGUGUAUUGAACUAUGAUAUUCCCCGUGAUCCUACAGACUAUAUUCAUCGUGUAGGUCGUACUGCUCGUGCUGGUAGAGAUGGUAAAGCCAUUUCUAUCAUUGCUGAAAAAGACAUUCAGUUAUUACAAAACAUUGAAGCCCAUAUCAAUAAAAAGAUGACAAGUUAUGACGUGAAUGAAAACCAAGUACUUGAGAAACUGACGGAAGUGACGGCUGCUAAACGUGUGGCUACAAUUACAUGA